AUUAAUUCUUUUUGCGAGGCCCAAUUCGAACUACGUCGCACAACCAGGGCAUGCAAACUUCAGAGCGCGCGCUCAUCAAAAUGCACUGUGGAAUACUCCCUCGGUGACCUCUGCAACCAUGGCGAAAUUCAUUCCCCGACAAACCUUUGCGGCCCCCAAUUCGAUUCCCAAGACGUACUACCUCGGUCACCAUGCUGCUGGCGAAGCCAAGAUCGUCAAGACCCUCUCCAACAUCUCCCUGAUCCUCGAAUGCCGCGACUUUCGCCUCCCGCUAUCCACACAUAACCCCCAGCUCGAACGCGCGCUUGCCGGCCGCGAGCGUGUUGUCGUCUAUACGAAAUCCGACCUCGGAGUCGAUACUCCUAGCGCCGGCGAUGCCUUGCGCCGGUUAUAUGGCGACCGCCUCGUCUUCUGGGACAAGCACAAGGCCUCAUCGACUAAAUCGCUCAUGAAGAAGGUUAAGGAAGUUGCGCGGGCGGUCGAUUCAUUGACGGGAAUGCGCGCUCUCAUCGUGGGAAUGCCUAAUGUGGGUAAGAGCACGCUGCUGAAUACACUGCGGAGGACGGGAACUCCGACUAGGACAGCAAAGGUAGCCAAAACAGGCGACCAGGCGGGUGUGACGCGCAAAAUUGGCACACCGGUGCGGAUCCUGGAAUCGGAGGACAAGGGUGGAGUGGGCGAUGGAGUCUACGUGCUGGACACGCCAGGUAUCUUCCAGCCCUACGUCGACGAUGGCGAGACCAUGAUCAAGAUUGCCCUCGUGCAGGGCAUCAAGAAGGGGCUGAUCCCAGACGAGAUUCUGGCGGACUACCUCCUCUUCCGGAUGAAUCUGUGGAACCCGGAGAUCUACGCGCGAUACUGCGAGCCCACGAACGAGGUCAACGAGUUCCUCACGGCCGUGGCCAAGAAGGACGGCAAAAUUAAGACCGGAGGCGUGCCCAACUGGCAAGAGGCCGCAGCCAGGAUACUGUCCCAGUGGCGCAGCGGCAACCUGGGGAAGUAUGUCCUGGACGACUUGUCCGAAGACGCUGUUCAGGAAUACCGAACCCGGAUGCUGGAGCCGAAACUGAGCUUUAACCAGGCGAAGAAGCAACAGAAACUGGCUCGUGCGCAAGUCAGGGCCGGCGCUUAGCCAGGAAUGGGUCCUGGUGCCAUUGCGAUGUAUUGCCAUGUAUCUGUAUAAGGGUAUUUUUUAAUUGUACACUAGACACUCUGCAACUCAAACCAAUUCCAACU